CCGCUACAUAGGAAAAGGGCAAUUCCAUUGGAAAAAACAAUAAAUAAUAAUAAAAUGUCGUCCAAACGCCUCCUCACAGUGCAGAAAUUCAUCUCUUACUUUGCAACCCUGGACCAAACGAUCCUCGAGUCCAUCCUGGCUGACAACUACUACCACCAAUUCGCACCCGCCUCAAUAAACCCACCCGGCCCAUUCGACCGAGCGGGGUUUCUGGCACACACGAGCGGGUUAAACCGGAUCAUGACGGGGUUCCCCGUCUUCGCGAAGGAGUAUAUCGAGAGUGACAGCGGCAACCAGGUUGUCGUUUGGGCAACGAGCAAGACGCAGUUCCGGGAGGAGGUGAGGGAUGAUGGGAUCCCGAGGGAGGAGUGGGAGUAUGCUGGAGAGUAUGUGUUUAUGUUUACAAUGGACGAGAGUGGAGAGAAGGUGGUGAGGUGCAUCGAGUUUUUGGAUGGGGGAGCCACACCGAGAUUGCUUGAGCUGGCAAAGAGGGCGAGGGGGAACCUGGAAAAGAUUGAGACAAAGCCAUGAAUGUGAUAUAAUUACACUAUAUUUAAAUAGAACUAGACAGCAAAAAGACCUUACCCAAG